CGGCGCGGCCCCGGUCCACGUGGGCCGGCGCGCGCGCGCCAGGCCGGCCCCCUCCUUGGCGGCGCUCGGCGCUCGCAGCACAUGGUCGGCGGCGGCGCGCCCCCGAGGCCGGCGGAGACCGGCUGCAGCCGAUUAAGAAUGACCCAAAAGACAUCACAGCUUUGUUCCAGAGCCACUGUUUAUACUCAAGUGCCUGAUGGAGGAUGGGGCUGGGUGGUAGCUGUGUCUUUUUUCUUCGUUGAAGUCUUUACCUAUGGCAUCAUCAAGUCAUUUGGUGUCUUCUUUAAUGACUUAAUGGACAGUUUUGAUGAAUCUAAUAGCAGGAUCUCGUGGGUCAUAUCAAUAUGUGUAUUUGUCUUAACAUUUACAGCUCCCCUUUCUGCUGUCCUGAGCACCCGUUUUGGACACCGUCUGGUAGUGAUGGCAGGGGGCCUGCUUGUCAGCACGGGAAUGGUGAUGGCCUCCUUCUCCCUGGAGCUCUACCACAUGUACAUCUCAAUCGGCAUCAUAUCCGGUUUGGGAUACUGCUUUAGCUUCCUACCAACUGUCACCAUUUUAUCUCAGUACUUUGACAAAAAGCGCUCUGUGGUCACUGCACUUGCUUCCACGGGAGAAUGCUUCGCGAUGUUUGCUUUCGCCCCAGCAAUCACGGCUCUGAAGGACAACAUUGGCUGGAGAUACAGCCUCCUCUUCGUGGGCCUGCUGCAGCUGAACAUCGUUGUCUGCGGGGCGCUGCUAAGACCAAUUAUAAUCAGAGGACCAGGGUCCCCGAAAGCAACCGCCCAUGAGAAUCGGAAAGAAGUGCAAUAUAUGCUCGAAAAUGAGAAAACACGCACCUCAAUAGACUCCAUUGACUCAGGAGUAGAACUAACUACCUCACCAAAGAAUGUGCCUAGUCAUGCCAACACAGAACUGGGGCCGAAGGCCGACAUGCAGCAGAUCCUGGUGAAGACCAGCUCCGAGCCCGGCGAUAAGAAAGCCCCUUUAUUGGACUUCUCAAUCUUGAAAGACAGAAGUUUUAUCUGUUACGCGUUAUUUGGGCUUUUUGCAACACUGGGGUUCUUUGCACCUUCCCUGUACAUCAUUCCCUUGGGCAUCAGUCUAGGCAUUGAGCAGGAGCAAGCUGCUUUUCUGUUAUCCACGAUGGCCAUUGCCGAAGUUUUUGGAAGGAUUGGAGCGGGUUGUGUCCUCAACAGAGAGCCCAUUCGCAAGAUCUACAUCGAGCUCAUCUGCGUCAUCUUACUGACGGUGUCUCUCUUUGCCUUCACUUUCGCGACCGAAUUCUGGGGUCUCAUGUCAUGUAGCAUCUUUUUUGGUUUCAUGGUUGGAACGGUAGGGGGUACCCACAUUCCGCUGCUCGCCGAAGACGAUGUCGUGGGAAUCGAGAAGAUGUCUUCUGCUGCUGGUGUGUAUGUCUUCAUUCAGAGUAUAGCAGGACUGGCCGGACCACCCCUUGCAGGUCUGCUGGUGGACCAGAGUAAGGUUUACAGCCGCGCCUUCUAUUCCUGCGCGGCCGGCAUGGCCAUGGCCGCCGUGUGCCUCGCGCUCGUGAGACCGUGUAAACAGGGACUGUGCCAGUGUCACCCUGCGGGCGAAGGACAGGCAGAGAGUCCUCGCGGGAAAGCUUUACAAGACAUACCCGAAGACUUUCUCGAAAUGGACCUUGGGAAAAAUGAGCAUAAAGUUCACGUGAAAAUGGAGCCAGUAUGA